AUGUCCAUAAUGAGUAUAGAGAGGAACAAGGUCAUAAUACCGCAGUCAAGAUCGACUGUGAGAAACCUAAACACGGGUCAGGCAACAAACCAACAACCUGAAGAAGAAACUACUCAGGGAGAAGAAACAACUACUCAAGAUGAAGAAGAUACAUCGAAGAGGCGACCAAAGAAACCGAAAGACAAGUGA